AUGGCGAGUACGUCGGUACAGCCGCCCGAGGACGUGGUUAAGCCUGCGCCCCCUGUCUCAGAACCCGUGAGCGAGGCGGCAUCCGAGCAGGUCGAUACAGUAGAAGUGGGAAAGUUCCAGCCAGGAUGGCGCUUUCUAGCUGCUUUUGGUAGUCUGUGUAUCAUAACGCUAAUGGCUGCGUUGGAUGCUACUUCCAUCUCCGUUGCUCUUCCAAUCAUGGCCAGGGCACUGGGGGGGUCUGCUAUCGAGGCGUUCUGGAGCGGCACUUCGUUCCUAUUGACGUCGACCGUCUUCCAGCCAGUGAUUGGAUCCUUUUCGCACAUUUUUGGGAGAAAGGCAUUGAUUUACAUUAGUCUUGGAUUCUUCCUGGUUGGGUCCAUUAUCCCCGCUGUGGCUGACAACUUCACCCUCAUUCUGGUUGGGCGGUCUAUCCAAGGUAUCGGAGGUGGAGGUAUCAUUUGUCUCACAGAAAUGGUGGUUGUAGAUACUGUGCCUCUGCGGGAGCGAGGAAAGUGGCUUAGCUUCUUUGGUGCUAUGUGGUCGAUUGGCACAGUAGCUGGACCGCUUCUCGGCGGCGGCUUUUCACAAAACGUUAGUUGGCGAUGGAUCUUUUGGAUCAACCUCCCAUUCAUUGGCAUUGGCGCUGCCAUGAUCACCAUCUUCCUCAAGCUCAACCAGAAGCAUGGGGCUUUCCUAACCAAACUCCGCGAGGUGGAUUGGAUCGGCAUGGUACUCUUCCUCGCCUCGACCACUGGCUUCUUAAUUCCCGUUACCUGGGGCGGAGUGCAGUAUCCGUGGGACUCGUGGCGCACGCUUGUGCCGCUUAUUGUGUGCGGUGCUGGCAUGGUUGGCUUUGUCCUUUACAUUGAAUUUGUGGCCGCCAACCCGCUCAUUCGCACGUCAGUCUUCAAGAACCGGUCUGCUGCCAUUCUCUAUACUGCCACAGUAAUCCACGGCAUUAUCUUGUGGGCUAUCCUAUACUACCUACCGCUGUACUUUGAAGCGGUCAAGGGAUUUGGGCCCAUUCUUACCGGGGUUGCUUUGUUUCCGUGGACGUUUACGGUGGCUCCGGCUUCGAUUGCGACGGGUAUUGCUAUUGCCAUCCUGGGCACGUACCGGUGGGCCAACCGGGCAGGGUGGUUCCUUGCUACUCUGGGCAUGGGUGUGCUGAUAGUAAUCAAAGUCGACACGUCGACUCCUGCAUGGAUCUUUAUCAGUCUCGUUGGUGGUAUAGGAACAGGUAUCCUUUUUCCUGCCAUGGCAUUGGCCGUGCAAGCCAGUGCGACUGCAGCAGACCAGGCGUAUGCUGCCAACAUGUUUUCCUUUUUCCGCGCAUUCGGCCAGACACUGGGAGUAGCUAUUGGCGGAGUCGUGUUCCAGAACCAGAUGAAGAAGAAGAUGCUGACGUUUCCACUGCUGGCCGAAUUCGCGGACGAGUAUUCCCAGGACGCAGCUGGACUGGUCCGCAUCAUCAAGGAGAUGCCUGGUGGAGAGAUGAAGGACCAACUAAAGGAAAGCUACACGGACGCAUUAAAGUACAUCUGGAUAGUCAUGCUGGUGUUCAGUGCGGUGGCUAUGAUUGGCAGCUGGUUCAUCGAGGCCUAUGACAUGAAUGGGGCCAUGGACCAAGAGAGGGCGUUUGUCGACAAAGACAAGGUCAAGGAUAUGGAAAAGAGCGGUAGUCCGUAA